AUGGCAGUACAUCGCCUGCAGGAGCAGGAGCUCUCCUCUUCGGUCCAGGAGACCCCACCCAGACUGGCCUCCCCCUCGUCUGACUCCAGCUCUCCCCUGGCUGCUUGUCAGAGAUGCCAGGCUUUCCCCAACACUGGCCUCUGGAUAAACCUGUGGAACGUCGGGCCCGGCGACAGUCUAAACUGCGAGCCGGAGAAGAUGAAAGGCUCCCAAAGAGAGUUUACAAAUCGAGUCCAAGUUGGCUGCCGAGAGCUGCGUUCUACCAAAUACAUUUCCGAUGGCCAGUGUACCAGCAUCAACCCCCUCAAGGAGCUGGUGUGUGCUGGGGAGUGCUUACCCCUUCCCGUCCUCCCCAACUGGAUCGGAGGAAGCUUCGGCACCAAAUACUGGAGCCGGAGGAGCUCCCAGGAAUGGCGGUGUGUCAACGACAAGACACGCACCCAGCGGAUCCAGCUCCAGUGCCAGGACGGAAGCACUCGGACCUACAAGAUCACCGUGGUCACCGCCUGCAAGUGCAAGAGGUACACUCGGCAGCACAACGAGUCAAGCCACAACUACGAGAGCAUGUCACCCGCCAAGCCCGCGUCGCACCACAAGGAGAGGAAACGGGCCAGCAAAGCUAGCAAGCACAGCCUGAGCUAG